AAAAUGUUUACUUUUAUUGAAUUAAUUGAAUUCACUAUAAUUUAUAUUGUAUUGUAUUAUUUCAGAUCUUUUUAUCUUGACUUGUGGUCAAAAUGAAAACAAUUGUUAUGAUUUAAGUCAAUGUAUAAACAAACUUAAAAUUCUAACAAAUGAAGAAAACAUGGCAUUUGCUCAUAAAGAGGAACACUUAGAAGAACUUUGUGGAAAACUGAAAGAAGCGGUGGAUUGUGUGAAUAAAUUCACGCGAAAAUGUUUGGACACUCACUCCAAGAUUCAAUACGAGGCGAUGACUAACGGAACCCAAACAUUAAUUAAAGAUCUUUGCACUAAAGGAUCGCCUUUCAGACAAGAAUAUCUAAAACACGCCAAAUGUUUCCAUAAAUAUCAACAUCAAUACCGGAUGUGUUCCGAUCGAUACUUCUCUUAUGUGGACACUUUCAAAGACGAGGACCAAACAACUCAAAUCAAAACCUGGUGCUGGUUUGUGCGUUCAAUAUACAGUAAGCACAGUAAGCAGCAGUAA